GUGCUCUCAGAAAUUUACAGUUUCGUUCAUAUUUGAAAAAUCUUCUUUUAUUUUGUUCAUUGAAAUUUAAUAUAAUUAAAGGAUUCCUCACGUCCUUAAAAUAUAUCUGUUGAGACGAUAAGAAAGGAUAUUACGUGAAUAAAGUGAAGUGAACAAUGCAGGCACAAAUUCAGCAUCAAAAUUCCAAUAUGAAAAUUGGGCACGAUAUUCAAAUAGGUUUAUUGGAACUUGCUCAUAAAGAAUAUCAGACAGCAGAUUAUGAGAAUGCGGAAAGACAUUGCAUGCAACUACUAAGACAGGAAGGCAAUAACACCGGAGUUCUUCUUUUGUUAUCGUCAAUUCACUUCCAGUGUCGUCGCUUAGAUAAAUCAGCACACUUCUCGACCAUGGCCAUUAAACAAAAUCCCUUGUUGGCAGAAGCUUAUAGUAAUUUGGGGAACGUGUAUAAAGAGCGCGGACAGUUGCAAGAAGCAUUGGAAAACUAUCGUCACGCGGUUCGUCUGAAGCCCGACUUCAUUGAUGGAUAUAUCAAUUUGGCUGCUGCUUUGGUUGCAUCACGCGAUAUGGAACAAGCUGUACAAGCAUAUGUGACUGCUCUUCAAUAUAAUCCGGACUUGUAUUGCGUACGAAGUGAUUUGGGAAACUUAUUGAAAGCACUCGGAAGAUUGGACGAAGCAAAGGCCUGCUAUUUAAAAGCUAUAGAAACAAGGCCAGAUUUUGCCGUCGCAUGGAGCAAUCUUGGAUGCGUAUUUAACGCACAAGGAGAAAUUUGGUUGGCAAUUCAUCAUUUCGAGAAGGCUGUUGCUCUAGAUCCAAACUUUUUGGAUGCAUACAUAAAUCUUGGGAAUGUACUCAAAGAGGCAAGGAUUUUUGAUCGAGCUGUGGCUGCAUAUUUAAGAGCAUUAAAUCUUUCACCUAAUAAUGCUGUUGUGCAUGGAAAUUUGGCAUGUGUGUACUACGAACAAGGUCUUAUUGACUUAGCUAUCGAUACAUAUAGAAGAGCUAUUGAUUUACAGCCUAAUUUCCCCGAUGCAUAUUGUAAUCUUGCAAAUGCCUAUAAAGAGAAAGGACAAGUUCAAGAUGCUGAAGAUUGUUACAACACCGCAUUACGUUUAUGUCCAAAUCAUGCAGAUUCUCUUAAUAAUUUGGCAAACAUUAAGCGUGAACAAGGUUUCAUUGAAGAAGCGACUCGUUUAUAUCUCAAAGCAUUGGAAGUUUUCCCUGAAUUUGCUGCCGCACACAGUAACCUUGCAUCAGUUUUGCAGCAGCAAGGUAAACUAAAUGAGGCGCUCAUGCACUAUAAAGAAGCCAUUAGAAUCCAACCAACAUUUGCUGACGCAUACUCAAAUAUGGGUAACACAUUAAAAGAAAUGCAAGAUGUUACUGGUGCUAUGCAUUGCUAUACUCGAGCAAUUCAAAUUAAUCCAGCAUUUGCAGAUGCACACAGUAAUUUGGCAAGUAUCCACAAAGAUUCAGGAAAUAUUCCCGAAGCUAUUUCAUCAUAUCGUACAGCACUAAAAUUAAAACCUGAUUUUCCUGACGCAUACUGCAACCUUGCUCACUGUUUACAAAUUGUUUGUGAUUGGAGCGACUACGAUGCACGUAUGAAGAAGCUCGUAAAUAUUGUCGCUGAACAAUUAGAAAAGAAUCGUUUGCCAUCAGUACAUCCACAUCAUUCCAUGUUAUAUCCAUUAUCACAUGAAUUUCGUAAAGCAAUUGCUGCACGACACGCUAAUUUAUGUUUGGAGAAAAUUCAUGUUUUACAUAAGCCACCAUUCAAAUUUCCUCGUGCACUUGAAGGAAGACUCCGAAUUGGAUAUGUCAGCAGCGAUUUUGGAAAUCAUCCAACAUCACAUUUAAUGCAGUCAGUUCCUGGUUUACAUGAUUUAAAGAAUGUAGAAAUUUUUUGUUAUGCACUUAGUGUCGAUGAUGGAACAACAUUCAGGAGUAAAAUUGCAAAGGAAACGGAGCAUUUUGUUGAUCUAUCACAAUUGCCAUGUAAUGGAAAAGCAGCAGAUCGCAUUUAUUCUGACGGAAUUCAUAUUUUAGUCAAUAUGAAUGGAUAUACAAAAGGAGCGAGAAACGAAAUAUUUGCAUUACGUCCAGCUCCAGUUCAAGUUAUGUGGCUCGGAUAUCCAGGCACAAGUGGUGCUCCAUUUAUGGAUUAUAUUGUCACAGAUUCGGUAACAUCACCAUUGGAAUUGGCACAUCAGUACAGUGAAAAACUUGCAUAUAUGCCAAAUACAUUCUUUAUCGGAGACCAUAAACAAAUGUUUCCCCAUUUAAAGGAACGUUUAAUUUUAAGUGAUAAAUCAUCUGGUGGGGGAAUUGCUGAUAAUGUAGCAGUUAUUAAUGCCACAGACUUAUCACCAUUGGAACAACGUCACGAAGUUAAAACGGUUAGGGAAGUCAUACGCUCAAACGCAUCAGUUGAAAUUCAAAUGAAAGUUGCAGAACUUCCAACAACAACGUUAAUUGAUAAUAUGGUGCAAUCAGGAUUACUUCAGACAUCACUUAAUGGCGUUGUCGUUCAGAAUGGUUUGCAAGCAAAUGCUAACAAUAAAGCAGCAACUGGUGAAGAAGUUCCAAGGACAAUCGUUGUGACAACACGUGGACAAUAUGGAUUACCUGAUGAUGCUAUCGUUUAUUGUAAUUUCAAUCAAUUGUACAAGAUUGAUCCACCAUGUUUGCAUGCAUGGGUAAAUAUUUUGAAAGCAGUACCGAAUGCUGUUUUAUGGCUUCUUCGAUUCCCCGCUGUCGGUGAGCCAAAUAUACUGCAAACAGCUCAAAAUCUUGGUCUCCAGCCAGGACGCAUUAUAUUUUCCAACGUUGCUGCAAAAGAAGAACAUGUUCGACGAGGUCAAUUAGCCGAUGUUUGCUUAGAUACGCCACUUUGUAAUGGACACACAACUUCAAUGGACGUUUUGUGGACAGGAACUCCGGUUGUAACAUUACCACAAGAGACUUUAGCAUCAAGGGUUGCCGCUUCACAAUUGACAGCUUUGGGAUGUCCAGAAUUGAUUGCAAGAAAUCGCCAAGAAUAUCAAGAGAUUGCAAUCCGUCUCGGAACUGAUCGUGAGUUUUUGAAAGCAAUUCGAGCAAAGGUAUGGACGGCGCGAGUUAAUAGUGCACUUUUUGACUGCACACAGUAUGUGCAAGGACUUGAAAAGAUUUAUAGAAAAAUGUGGAAGAGAUUUGAAGCCGGUCUUGAGCCUGAUCAUUUAGCAGCAAUUGAAAAUGGCAUUGUGACGAAAGUUUAAAAAGAGAAAGAUUUAUUUUUUUAAUAGUAAUUAAGUUUUUAAUUUAGUUUUAAGGACGUUCUUAUUUAGUCAAUUUAUGGUUUAAAACAUACAAACUACUAACAUUAGGUUAUGAAUAUUGUAUAUUACAUCAUGAAUGAUAAGUUCGAUUAUUUUUAUCUACGACUAGGACAAGGAAUGAUGAAUUUUACAAACAAAACCUUUAUUCACUUCCAUAUUCCUUUUUAUGUGGAAGUUUAAAAGCUUUUAAUUAUAUUGUGCAUCUAUGAAUGAUUGGAUUGAUGAUAAGUGAUAUUUUUGUAAUGAUUUUCUUGAUCAUUUAUAUUAUACAGGUUUUUGAAAUAUGAAACCCAAGUAACUUUUGUCUUCUCAAACAUAAUAAAAAAAGUCUUUACGAUACUUAAUAUUCGUUCGUCUUUUUAUUUAGACUUGAUAUAGUUGAUUGAUUCUUUAGACUAUAAAACGCAUAAGCACUCUUUCUUCAUUAUUUUUAACAUCACUUGAUUAUCUUAAUUCUUUGAGGCUUUUUAAACUAUUUUUUUCCCCUUUUAUUAAUUAUCCUUAAUUGAACGAUGCUCGAUAAAUCAAGAUGAUGGAGACGAAAAAACUAAUUAAAUGAUGUUAUAAAUGUUAUGAAAAAUUAUGUAAGAAAAAAAAAAUCAAUAUUCAAACACAAUACGAGAAUUUAAUGUAAUUAUUAUUUCCUAGGUGUAACCUGUACUUUUUUGUUUCCACUCCUUUCUCUUCUAUUUUUUGAUUCUUUUAUGUUUUUUCGUCAAUGAUAUUUCAAUAAAGCAUAAAUAUUAGUUUGAUGAAAUAAAAAUUGAAAUGAUUGAUGAAUGAUAAGAAAAUUUAA